AUGUUUGCCCCUCGCUCCAAUGUCGUCCAGAUGCUAACAGCCCGACGCACAGCUGUGAGACGUCAUCACAUGGCGACAGGUACAAACAUUGAGCAGAUUCCCUUCUUGCGAAAGAUAGUCAUGCCGCUCGAUCGUUAUUUUUUGAACAGCGCUUGGAACGUGAUAGCUGUCGGGCGUAUGCUGGAGGGAGAUAUGACUCGUUUGAUGGCCAACAUAGACACAGGCGCGCUCGCGUACGCUGCUGCCCAUGCAAUCUGUACCACAUCCAUUCCCCGCCUCACCUUCUUGGAUGUCGGUUCAUAUAACAGAAUUUUUCUGCUCUCCUUUCCCAACGGCGAGCAGGUGGUCGCUCGGGUUCCGUUUCCACAGAAUCUCAUACAGGACAAGAUUUCUUCGGAAAUCGCCACAAUGACCUUCGCCCGUUACUAUUGUAACAUCCCUUGCCCAAGGGUCCUUGGCUGGUCAUCCACCCCCUCCAAUCCUGUAGGAUCGCCCUAUAUUUUGAUGGACCAUGCGCCCGGCAUUCCUCCCUUUGCUAAGUUUUACAAAGAAACUCAAGAUCGUCGUUUGAAGAUACUGGACAGCCUAGCUAAGCUUCAUGCUUGCUUCGCACGUCCGCUUCCAUUUUCGCAGUUUGGGAGCAUCUAUUUUGCUCUAGAUGUGAUCGCCAGAAACCGUGGCGACAUAGACCUCAGUGAUCCUUCGAUGUACCGCAUCGGGCCAUAUCUUCGUGGACCGACUAGCGAUAUGGAUAUUGGAGGCCGCCUGGUUUAUUCUGCGGAGUCGUCUUCCAACAUCGUUCACUUUUGGAAAGGUUGUCUGUCUCAGGAGCGUGCAGCUGUGCUCUCUCGGUGGGGUACGGAUAAGAAUACAAUGAUCACGCCUCCUGAUCAUCCAUAUCCACGUCUCGGAAGCAGAACAUUCACUCUGGGCGAUUUUCUGGAGAUAUCGUCGACAUUGCAGACCAUCAUCUCCCGUAUCACGCUUCCGAGGGAUCCGGCACUGCUGGCACCUUGUCUAGUCUCGACGGACUAUGCUUUCCGGAACAUCUUCGUUGACGUGAAUACACUGGAAGUCACAUCCUUCCUCGAUUGGGAUGAUGUAUCGGUGAUGCCGUUUGUACUUUGCACAAGAUUCCCUGAGGACAUAUCGUGGUCUUACGGUGCCCCGCCAUCAUGGGCCCAGACCGGACGCUUCGAUUUUGUUCCUAAUGAUGAUCCUCCUCUCCCCGGGGAGGAGUAUCAGGGAGAAAUUGAGCGACAGCAGCAGCGGGCGUAUUACAAGGACCGUCUGAAGGAGUAUGACCAUCGCUUCACAGAUAAGCUCUGGGAUAUGCGCAAGGAGCCUCUCAAGAUACAGGAAGUGGUCACUCAUGGCUGGGUCUAUUGGCUCGCACGUUCAAGGUGGAUAUCUUCGCAUAGGUCUGAUUGA